AUGCGGCUGCUCUCGCGAGCUCUCCGCGCGGCGCAAGGCUGCCGGGCCGCUGCGCUGCCCCCUCGGAGCCUCCGGGCAGCGCCGGAGGGGACAUGCCCGCUGCAGCCGCGCCGCGGGCAGAGCGCCCGGCCCGGCUUAGACGAGCUGUUCGCCGCCCCCCCCUUACGCCGCCUGCUGGAGGCGCGGGCGCAGGGCGCGGGCGGGGCGGGGCCGGAGCUGGCGGCGCGGAUCCAGCGGCUGCGCGACAAGGAGCAGGAGCUGCGGGACACGCGGGAGCUGGCGCGACAAGAUGAGAGCGAAGAUUUCCGGAAGCUUGCAGAAAGGGAAAUCGCCUCCUGUGAAGAAGAGAUAGCUGAACUGAAACACCAGAUAGUGUUGCUUUUGAUUCCUUCAGAAGAAACAGACAAGAGUGAUCUUGUCAUGGAAGUAACUGCUGGAGUUGGAGGGCAGGAAGCCAUGCUGUUCACCUCAGAGAUAUUUGAUAUGUAUCAACGAUAUGCUGCCUACAAAAAGUGGAAAUUUGAAAUAUUAGAAUACUUUCCCAGUGAAAUAGGUGGCCUAAGACAUGCAGUUGCCAGUAUAGCAGGUCUUGAGGCUUACAAGUACAUGAAAUUUGAAGGAGGAGUGCAUCGUGUUCAGCGGGUGCCAAAGACAGAAAAACAAGGACGCAUUCACACCAGCACAAUGACUGUUGCAAUAUUACCCCAACCCACCGAGAUGAGGCUGCAAAUUAAUCCAAAAGAUCUACGGAUAGAAACAAAGCGAGCUAGUGGAGCUGGAGGCCAGCAUGUCAAUACCACAGACAGUGCUGUACGGAUAGUUCAUAUUCCAACAGGGAUUGUGUCUGAAUGUCAGCAAGAGAGAUCCCAAAUUAGAAACAAAGAGAAGGCAAUGCAAAUGCUGUCUGCUAAACUAUACAAUGCCAAACUGGAAGAAGAAACCAAAAAGAGAAACAGUGUUCGAAAGAUUCAAAUGGGGACUAAAGGAAGAUCGGAGAAGAUCAGAACAUACAACUUCCCACAGGACCGGAUUACUGACCACAGGAUAAGCAGAUCAGUGCAUCAUAUUGAGCGUUUCAUGCUAGGGGAAGAAAUGCUAGAUGAAAUGAUACAAACUCUGAGAGAAUAUGCUGAUUAUGAAUCUUUAAUGGAGAUUAUUUCAGAAAAUGAAAAUAAGAAUCUAUCCUGAACGUUGCUCUUUGUCACCCCAUUACAACAGAUGUAGACAUUUGUCUGCAAAGGAGCUUCUUGGAGCACCACCCAGCAAAUGCAACUGCUUUACAGAUCAUGAAAGACACCACAACUUGUUUCCUCAUGACUGAUAAACAGUUUUCUUACUUGCUGAGUAAAAGACUUUAUUACCUUCAUAUGAGACAUUAUUGCUGCAGCAGUCCACAUAAAAAGUAAAUUUGACUGGGCCAGAAGUCACUGCAGUUUUUACCUUUCUCCACUGAGAAGAUCCUGAUACACCACUCUCGAAAGGUACGCAUUAAAAAAAUGAGCUAUUUCUAGUUCCAGUUCUCAUUUAAACAAUAGUUUAAACAUCAGUACAGUGUCAAAUAGCAUUUUGUUUGAGUGAUUAGAAGAAAAUGAUAAAUAAAUGACCCCACUACUUAUAGGCAUAUUUAUUUAUCACUUCACUUUGACUCCCUCUCCCAUACCAUGUAUAUCUCCUUCAUGUUUUCAUAGCCUUCUGGCCCUUAUUAAUAAAUACAAAAAAUACUUUAGGAGUAUGCCUUGUUUCAAAAAAAAAAAGCUGUGGAAGCCAAGUGACAAGUUAUAUGAAUUGUUUUUGAAACAGAUGUUUCUGUUCUUGAGUCAAAAGUGAAAAUAAUCGUUACAGUAUCGUUUGGCUGAUAUGUCAGUCUCCAUUUGGCUUCAGUUCAGUUUCUCCUUUACGUUUUUAAUUGACUCUCCAGUUUAUUGAUUUUUCUAAACAUUACAUGGUAUGAAUGGCAUCUUUCUGUUUUUGUCUUAUUUAUUUAACAGCAUCUUAAAACAUUUAGUCUGUGAAAGCAAAGUAAAACUUUUGGCUUUCUAAUCUACUGAUAUAUUUGCAAGUGUUUAUAUAUCUGUGGGUAAAGAAGACUUUUAACCUUUAUUUUAAAAUACAUUUUACAAUCCCAAAUAUAUAUAGCAUACAA